UUUAUAUUGUUGGGUAUAUUUAAAAUUUACACACUCUUAUUUAGCUGUUUGGUUGGGGGAAGUCGAUGGCGAUGACGCUGGUGGAGGAAGGCGUUGCUCUGGCUGGGAACCCGACGAGAGGAACGGAAAAUGGCGGACCUUGAAGACGUUACGCUGGACGGGAGACCGCUUCAGUCCCUCCGAGUUGCGGAUUUGAAAGCAGCUCUCGAGGAAAGAGGGCUGUCGAAAAGCGGGCAAAAGAAUGCUCUCAUUAAAAGACUUAAAGGGGCUCUCAUGCUGGAGAAUUUGCAGAGAACCUCUACACCUCAUAUUGGUCUUCAGCCAAACUCUCAGAUUGGUGAAGAAAUGAGUCAAAACAGUUUUAUCAAACAGUAUUUGGCUAAGCAGCAGGAACUUCUGAGGCAGCGCCUGGAAAGAGAGGCUCGGGAAGCAUAUGAAACAAACGAUCAACAGGACCAUGCAGAUGUUAACAACAGUACACAAUGCCCUCCUCCUGCCCAGGAUACAGCAGGGCAACACAAGCCAACUGAGGCAGAGUUUGGGUCAAUGAAUGCAGGGCAAGGAAACGCUAAUCAGGAAGCUGACGUGUCCAGUCCACCUGCCUCUGGCUCUGUAUCCAUGCGGGUUCCUGGUGUUGAGCAAAGACAAGAUCGGGGCUUUGCGUCUGGUGAAGCCGCAGGUGAUAGUGACGACGAUGACAGUGAAGGCGGAGAAGAAGACGGCAACGAUGAUGACUGGGACAGUAACGCUCGCAGGAGAAAUUUCCGAGAACAAGCCAGGGUGCCCACAGCAAGGGAGAGGUCAGGGGUAUCCCGGCAACCGCAGCAGCAACACAUCCCUCCCCUUUUGUCUCCUCAACUCCGCCAACCGACACCUCCUCCUUCCCCUCCUCCAGAAUUGUCAUUUCCUUUACCCGAUACCCCAAAACAGAGCCCACCCAGUCCUGAUGUCGCCCCAGCCAGACACUCACCCAGUACCUCCAGCUCCGGUUCCUCCAGCAGUGACAGCCGCAGUAGCAGUCCAGAACCACAAAGGGGCGCACACGCUGAGCGCAAGCCCGGCCCGCUGACCCUGCUGGCACGCAAAAUGGCAUCAGAGGGGGCUUUCUCUGGACCAAGUUGGCAAGGCACAGAGGGAGAAGGCGAUAUGCAAGACAACAGGUCUCUAGAGGGUCUGGUAUCUGCCAUCACUCACACAGCAAAUACAGCAGGCCAUAUAUCAUUUCCCAUGAUUCCAGGAGGCCACCAGGGUGUCUCUGGUGUGCAUUCUGCUCACACCGAAGUGCCUGUGAGUGUGCUUAGGGCCGCAGCGGUAGAUGACAGGGACAGACAACUUCAGGAAAACGAAAAAGCACUUGAGUUGGAGCGGCAGGAGAAGAUGAAGAAGCUCGAGCAAGAAAGAGCACUUGCUCUCGAGCGGGAAAAGGCUUUGGAAAGAGAGAAAAUCGAGCGACGGCAAGCAUUAGAAAGGGAAGAAAAAGAGAAGGCUUUACAGCGGGAACGAGAAUUCGCUCUGGAAAGAGAAAGGCAGGAGCGGGAGCACGCACUGGCUAAGGAAAGGGAGGAGCGAGAAAGGCAGAGGGAGCUCGAAAGACAACGAGUUCUGGAGCAGGAGCGCCUGCAGAGAGAAAGGGAGGAGAAGGAGAAGCGGGAACGGGAGGAAAGGGAGAGGCAGGUGGAGCUGGAGAAAGCCAGGGAGCGGGAGAGGAAACAGCAAGAGAUUGAACGGGCUCUGGAACAAGCGAGGUUGAAGAAAGAAAGAGAAGAGGCAGAGAAAAAGGAGAAGGAAAGACUCGAGCGAGAAAGAGCUUUGGAGCUCGAACGGCUGGAAAAGGAAAAAAUCGAGAGGGAGAAAGCUUUGGAGAAAGAGAGGAUGGAAAAGGAGAGAAUUGAGAAAGAAAAAGCUUUAGAGCUUCAAAGGAUAGAACGAGAAAAAGCUCUAGAGCAAGAAAGACUGGAGCAAGAGAGGAAGGAGAAAGAAAGAAUUGAAAGAGAGAAAGCGCUGGAGCUUGAGAGAAUAGAGAGGGAAAAACGAGAGAAGGAAGAAAAAGAGAGGCUUGAAAGAGAGCGAGCUCUCGAGCAGGAAAGAAUCGAGAGGGAAGAACGAGAGAGAAAGGAGAAGGAGGCCGCUCUAGAACGGGAGAGAUUGGAGAGGGAAAGAGCAGAAAAAGAAAGGCAAGAACAGCUGGAGAGGGAGAAAGCUCUAGAGCAGGAGAGGCUUGAAAGGGAAAGAGCUUUGGAGAUGGAAAGACAGAAAAAGGAGAAAGCUUUGGAGAUAGAGAGACAGGAAAGGGAGAAAGCCUUGGAGAUGGAAAGACAGGAAAAGGAGAGAGCUAUGGAGAUGGAGAGACGGGAAAAGGAAAAAGCUUUAGAGAUGGAAAGACAGAAAAAGGAGAAAGCUUUGGAGAUGGAGAGACGGGAAAAAGAAAAAGCUUUGGAGAUGGAGAGACGGGAAAAAGAAAAAGCUUUGGAGAUGGAAAGACAGAAAAAGGAGAAAGCUUUGGAAGAAGAAAGAGAAAGGGCUCUGGAGCAGGAAAGGCUGGAGCAUGAGAAGGCCAUGAAGAAGGAAAAAGAGGAGAAAGAAAAGCUUAUCAGUACAGAAAGGGAGAGCGAGACCCGCCUUUCUCCAUCCAAACCUGCUGGUGAGGUUGGUCUGACUUCCCUGCCCAAUCCUCCACUCCUGUCUACAGGAACAGCUCCAAACCUGCCCACAGAAGCAGGAGAGCGUGAAGAUGCCCGCGCUCCGGCGUCUGCAAGUGAAGCUCAGGCAGCAAAGACUGAUGUAACCAUGUCACCGCGUAAGAAGUUUCAGUUCGUACGGGUCUCCCCGGCUCAGCCCCAGUCAUCCUCCACGCCUAUGGUUAUCAAGCGGCCUCGCACUUUCUCAGACACCCCUCAGCCCAGAGGCCCACCCGUCAUCUCAUUGAGCAGUGCUAAAGAGCAACAGCCUGAAAUGUCCCCCCUCAAGCAGCAAGACCCCCAGAAUCGAGAAGCUUCAACCGCAGCAGUUCAGUCCGAGCAGAAAGACGCAACUAAACCUGCAGUGCACCAGGAUCAACAGCAAAAUGAGACCAAAAAGCCUGUGUCUGUGGAAAAACAGGACGAUUCAACAAAAGCUCAAGGGGCAGCAAAAAAAGCAGAGGAAAACAACGAGAGCUCAUCAUGCACUCCAGAACAGAGGAGUGCUGAUGUAAAGAAGAAGAAAACAAGAUCAUCAUCUAAUGACUCCUCCUCUUCAGAGUCAGACUCUGGAUCUUCAUCGUCGAGCUCUUCGAGCUCAUCCUCAUCUUCUCAGGAUAAAACCUCUUCAAGAGGCAGAGAGGAGGGGAAGCGUGAAAGAAAUUCUUCCCAGAACUACAUGGACACAUCAGAAGCCCAGACAGAGGUUUUGAAGGAAACCAAAAACGCCUCUCACUGCAGAAAUUCCCUCUCUUUAGAGAACAACAACAAUAUUGACGGAGAAAUGUCCAACAAGCACCCGUCUGAGGCAACAGUUAGAGGAGAAUCAAUACAGACCACAGAAAAUGAAGAAGAGGAGGAACGGGGCAAGCAAAGGCAGGAGAAGGAGACAGCCAUGGUCGACUCACAGAAGCUCUCAGAGACUGCAGAGGAGACGCCAAAAGCCUUCUCAGCACGCAAGAUCUCUCUUGGCAACAACAAAUCCUCCCCAGGCGCGAGUAGUACAGAGGCGGAGCAGGAGUCUGGGGGAGUGGCUGGUCGCAAAAGGAGGUGGGGCUCCAGCACUGUCGUCACUGCCAAGAAGCCUUCCAUCAGCAUCACCACAGAUUCACUAAAGUCUCUGAUUCCUGACAUCAAACCCAGUUUGGGUCAGGAGGCAGUAGUGGAGCUACAUCCAGAGGAAGCUGCCCUCUCUGGGGCAGAAGAGGAAGACGGGGAGCGCUCUGAGCAGGACCUUCAAAUCCGCCGCACUGUCACACAAGUGGUGCACACAGAAAGCCCAGAGAAUGGGGAGAAAGAGGCGAAGAGAAGCAGACGAGAGGAACCAGAGGAGGAUUGUCGGCCAGACCAAGAAAGAAUAAAGACCCAGGAAGAGCCGGUGGAGGUCUCCCUCCACGGGACCGUGGAAGCCCAGUUGCCAGCACACACCAGCCAUGAUGUAGAAAUGAACACUGUGACUCCCAGCGAUACCCUCAUUCGUCGCUCCAUCAGCCAGCAGAAAAUGGGCGUUUCCAUCACCAUCGACGACCCUGUCCGCACAGCCCAGCAGCCCUCCCCACCCCGAGGAAAAGUCUCCAAUAUCGUCCACGUAUGCAACCUGGUGAGGCCGUUCACACUCGGACAGCUGAAGGAGCUGCUCAGCAGAACUGGAUCGCUGGUGGAGGACGGCUUCUGGAUCGAUAAGAUCAAGUCCCACUGCUACGUCACUUAUUCCAGCGUAGAGGAGGCGGUCGCUACAAGGACAGCCCUCCAUGGAGUGAAGUGGCCUCAGAGCAACCCCAAAGUCCUCAGUGUUGACUUCUGCCAGCAGGAUGAGUUGGACUUCCACAAGAGUUUGGGAACAGCAGAGCGGCCGGGAGAUGACCAAGGCCCCGCCCCCGGCCGUGGGCGAGCGUUAGGCCUGCCCUCCCUGCUCCCAGAGCGAGACCAAUGGGCUGAACGGGAGCGGGAGAUGGAGCGCCGGGAGCGGGCCCGGGCGGAGCGCGAGUGGGAUCGGGACAAAGUCAAGGAGUUCGGGAAACGAGGGGAGGAGAAGGAGGGGGGUUCUCGGAGAUCACGCUCCAGAGAGAGAAGACGUAAGGAGAGGGGAAAGAGCAAGGAGAAGAAGACCGACAAGAAAGCUGAUGAACCUCCUGCAAAGUUGCUAGAUGAUUUGUUCUGCAAAACUAAAGCAACUCCCUGCAUUUACUGGCUCCCACUGACAGAUGAACAGUACGUUCAGCGGCAAGCUGCCCGCGCCGAGCGGAUGAAGGAGCGGGAGAAGCUAAGGAAAGAGCUGGAAGAGGAGGAGGAGAAGAAAAGGGAAGAGGAGCGCAAAGAGCGAAUGAAAACCACAGGCGCCACAACCGGAGACCGGGGCGAGGGUGAGAAAGACAAGGACCGGGACAGGGAGAGGGACAGAGACCGGGGCAGGGACCGGGAGAAUGACAAACGCAGGGACGGCCAUCGUAGACCGGGGGCCAGCGGGGCAAGCUCCAGCCGGCGUUCACGCAGCCGCAGCGACCCCAGAGACCGGAGGCGCUGACGGACUCCGCCCCUCUUCCUUUUGCCUUUCACUACAUGUACUUUGUUACAAUUAAGACCUAAAAAAACAAACAAAAAAGGACCAACUGAUGUCGAUUCCAUCUGUCACUUUCUUCAAAGCACAUCAGCGCAGUAAGGGGACCAUCCUGUUGUUGUUUUCAGAGUGCUGUACAUCUGACGAGGAUUCAGUGGUUUUCUUCACUCAUCUCUUCAGCUCUUCGUUCUGGCUGUGUAGCAGUAUGACAUCCCGGGUAGUUUGAAUUCUAUGCCCAAAGAUUUCCCAUUCGCUCCGACGUUUAGGUGCCAAUGAACGAAUCCGAGUCGGUUUGUUGCAUCAUUGAGAAGCCUUUUCUCUGGCUGCAUGUAGUGCAGGGCCGCUCCUCCGCACAGACGGUGGCAGAAAUCAGAAACGAUUGGAAUCGGCGUGUUUGGCAUUUUGUACAGACGUAUAAGAUUAUUCAAAGUGGAGUCUUUAAAUAAGGCAGCUUUGGGGUAUUUUUCACUAAGUGUGUAAUAACUACUAAGGCGAUGCAGUGUUCCUCUUUCUCUGUUGAAAAGAGACGAGAUGAUUCUCUGCAGGAGAAAAUCUGUCACAUCUACGAUUUAUGAUUAAGUCCAUGUUGAAUCUGUUUCCCUUCUUUGAUUUCUCCCUCCAGUUCUCUCGGGCUGCAGAAGGGGGGGUCGCGCUUUUCUCACCAAUGGUUUUAAUAUUGUUUUUAAUUAUUUUAUCAUUUUAGUAUAAAGAUUUGGUUUUGUUUUUUUAAUUUCUUUGAGUACACCUAUCAGUGGUGAAUGUACAAAAAAAUAAAAUUGAAAUUUAAAAUGA